CGCCGCGCCUGGUGUCGCGGGGCAGCCCGGGGCGGCGGCGGCGGCUCCGUGCGCCAGGGCCCGGCAUGGCGCUCCCGACGGCGGCGCAGCGCUGCCCGUAGCUGACCAGUGGAGAAAUCAUCACUUUCCCGCUGUGCUGCAACAUCCUAAUCCUCCCUGAUUUUGCAAAAAACCCCAUCCUGUAGGCAUGGCUCACCUGAGAGAAUUUGCUAGCCAGCACUCCAGGGUGGAUCCUGAGGAGCUGUUCACCAAGCUGGAGCGGAUUGGCAAGGGAUCGUUUGGUGAAGUGUAUAAAGGGAUCGACAACCGCAGCAAGGAAGUGGUUGCUAUCAAGAUCAUUGAUCUGGAGGAGGCUGAGGAUGAGAUUGAGGACAUUCAGCAGGAGAUCACCGUGCUCAGCCAGUGUGACAGUCCCUACAUCACCCGGUACUAUGGCUCCUACUUGAAGGGCACUAAGCUGUGGAUAAUCAUGGAGUACCUGGGAGGAGGUUCAGCCCUGGAUUUGCUGAAGCCAGGACCACUGGAGGAGACUUAUAUAGCUACUAUCCUGAGAGAAAUCCUAAAAGGUUUGGAUUAUUUACAUUCAGAGAGGAAGAUCCACAGAGACAUCAAAGCUGCCAAUGUGCUGCUCUCGGAACAAGGAGAUGUGAAACUGGCUGACUUCGGGGUGGCUGGACAGUUGACAGACACCCAAAUCAAGAGAAACACCUUUGUGGGGACUCCAUUCUGGAUGGCACCAGAGGUCAUCAAACAGUCUGCUUAUGACUUUAAGGCAGACAUCUGGUCCCUCGGAAUUACAGCCAUUGAACUAGCAAAGGGAGAGCCUCCAAAUUCUGACUUGCAUCCUAUGAGGGUUCUCUUCUUGAUCCCCAAAAACAACCCUCCAACACUUGAGGGUCACCACAGCAAGCCCUUCAAGGAGUUUGUGGAAGCCUGCCUCAAUAAGGAUCCUAGAUUUAGGCCGACAGCUAAAGAAUUGCUAAAGCACAAGUUCAUCACACGCUACACCAAGAAAACCUCAUUCCUAAUGGAGCUGAUCGAUCGAUUCAAACGCUGGAAGUCAGAAGGCCAUGGGGAAGAUUCCAGUUCUGGUGACUCCGACAUUGAUGGAGAUGCAGAGGAUGGAGACCAAGGUCCAAUCUGGACAUUCCCACCAACCAUUCGCCCCAAUUCCUUGAGCAAGCUGCACAAAGGAAUGGCUCUUCAUGGUUCCCAAAAGCCUACUGAGCCCAUCAAGAGGCAACCACGGUCACAAUGUCUCUCCACACUUGUUCACCCAGUUUUUGGGGAGCUCAAAGAUAAGCACAAGCAGACUGGAGGCAACGUGGGAGCCAUGGAGGAGCUGGAGAACGCCUUCAGCUUGGCCGAGGAGUCCUGCCCAGGCAUCUCUGACAAACUGAUAGCACACAUGGUGGAGCGGGUCCAAAGGUUUUCACACAGUCGGAACCACCUGACCUCUGCCCGCUGACACUCACGUUCCCUGCUGCUGUUGUCAGGGGGGAAGGAUUUUUUCCAGCUUCAUAAGAACUACAUCUCUAAUCUAGACCACCAUCUGUUGGAUGUGACAUUGUGAUGGACCCCAGGACAUUUCAGAGCCUUCAUGUUAGCCGUGUUUCCAUGAUAACCCAGGGUGGGGUUUGCAAUGCAAGUACAAUUUAGACCUUUUUCAGAACCCAAGAUGGGUGGUCUAAUUGUUUUUACAAUGUAAUCAAUGCAGUUUUUAAUUGUUUUCCUACAAUGGAUGUGUCCAUUUUGGCUUGGUUUGAUUCACAGCUUGUUUCUGGUAAAUGCCUGGCUGCUGGAAAAAGGGAGAUUCUCUUCCACUGAUCUAUGUUUCACAGGCAAGUCUGAUGGGUUUAGUCUCCUGCCCUUCCUAAAGAAGUGUUGUGAGCAGUCUUGUGUGAGUGCAGGGAUGUUGGGAAGCUCUCCAGGCAUUUAGGGCCUCUGGGGGAGUCAGAGCAGCUCUGCAGUUGUUCUGGAGGAUCGCUUCAAGCCCUUCACACACAAGUAACACCACUUUCCAGUGCUGCAGCAGCUGAGCUGAUACACGGUUGCUCUUUCCCAGCCUGUCAUUUCAUAGGAGGAGGGGUUUGCUGAUUGUUCUUUUCUUGGCUCUGGGACAUCAUUUUGUAUUAGGCCUCAGUUCACCUACUUCAGGCAACAGCAGAACUUGCCUUGGGUCCCCAGGGAACAGAAGACAAAGUGGGUCUAUUUGCUGUGGGAGCUGGUGGAGUUCUGUCCUUGGUGCUCCUGGCAGCUGAAGUAGCUGACAGGCAGGCUGGUCUGAGCUGUGCAGGCCCACAGGGGCAGAAGGGUUAAAAAGGGGAGAGGGAGAACACAACAGCUGCAGACAUCAGCAAGGCUUUGGUUCACAGGGCAGAGGGACACUACAAAGCAGUUUUUGAUGCAAGAGCCUGUGCUCUACAGGAAGACAUAAACUGGAUGGCUCACAGCAGUGUAGUAGGGCUGGGGAUUCCCAAAAGCUGCUCUAGGCCUUCCUCUCCUCCUCAACUUUCCCUUUGUGGCUCCUCCUUCAGCCUGGGAUCCAGACUCACUGCAGCCAGGGCUCUGCUCCAGCUGACAAGCUGGGGUGGUGUUUGGUAGCAGAGAAACUAAAGCAUCUACUGCUGUGUUGGCUGCUUAAGGUAUCGCAGCAGAGCCAUCCCCAGGAUCUUUGCUUUCUGUACCAUACUAGUUUAUAAAGCAAAUCUUUAAUUCAGGUAAGCACACAGAUCUUAAAUCUACAUUUUAAAGGUCUAGAAAAGUAGACUUAGGAAAAUAACCCCUGAUAGCUGGUUGCUUAGAGAGCUGCUCUCUAAUUGAAAAGAGAUUCCCAUGAAGUCAGCAAGAACUCAGUUACCCAGAUCUUUCUGUCUGGGUGUUUGUAUGUGGAUGAUAUGGCUCACCCCAGAGCCACUGAGAACAAAGGCUGGAGCUGUUCAGCUUUUUUUUUAUGGCAGGCCACUUGGUUAGAAACAAGGCUUGAUUUUUGGUACUUAGAUUCAGACCUGCAGAUUUUAAGUGCUGGGCUGCCAGUAGCUCAGGGGGACCAUAAGUUCCCUGAUCCUGGUGUAUGGUGUUCACUUUACCUUAUGCCUAUCCUUUAUUUAUCCUGAUGGAUAAAUCCAGGCUCAGCAACACUAUGAACUUGUACAGUAGAGAAGAGGUGCUGCUGUGGGCUCUCUGAUGCAGAGCGGUGUUCUGUGGUGAGAGCCAGCUCAGAGCUUGCAGUUAGGAAGAACAGAACAAACCCACUUUUCCCUCAGGAGAAGUUACUGUAUAGACAGGAGGCUUGGAGAGGGGGAAGGCAGAGGCUGCAGGCCAGCACAAGGGGCCCUGCUGCUUUUAAAGUUGCUGUUCACAGCAGUAGCAAAGGUGUUGAUAAGGUACCUGUGUCGUUACUUGCAUGCUCUGCAGUGUAACGAGGAAACUUUUUAAAGGAAACAAUCCCCACACCUUCGCCCAGUAUUCAAAGCAACAAUGGGUUUAGUUUUCAAAAACAUUGAAAGGGAUCUGCCACUUUCAAUAAAGUAACAAAACAAAUGAGGCUGGUGUAGCUGUGUUAUUGGGGGAAAAGGAUUGGUUCCAGCUGCUUUUCUCUGCAUUCUUCUUGGUCUUCCCCCACAUCUUCCUCAUGCAUCUAUAACAGAGGCCCCAGAGACAGAGCCAAGUGCUCUGUGUGCAAGGAUAACAGCUGCAGGCACAUCAGUGUCUUCUGCUGGCACUCCAGGAAGCCCACACUAUUGGCAAAGGUACAGCUGUGCACUGGAGGUUUUUGCUGGAGUUUGUUCCUUAUCUGCAGUCUUUAAACUCGGGCUAUGGGGGAUCUCUGCCUUCCUCUUGGGCCCAGGUGGGACAGGGGCUGCCCAGGGAGGUGGUGGAGUCUCCAUCUUUGGGGAUAAUCCACUACACAGAUGUGGCCCUGCAUGAGCAGGGGUUGAACCAGGCAACCCUGAGCCUGUGUGACCUCAGUGACAGAAUGAACACUUUGGAGGUGCCACUUUAACCGUGUUUAAACCCUUGUGACUGUCCUUCCCCUGGCAGGAAUAAAGGAAUCUGCAGUGCUCCUCAUCUGUUUUUCCCUUGGAGCCAAGAAGUGGAACUGA